AUGGUGUACGUAAUCCCAAAAGAAAAAUUUCCGGAAGCCAAUAAGCAGAAGAGAAAAGACAAUGAAAAGGAAAAUAAUCUCUUUAACACGAUGAAGGUGUUCAUGUAUUUUUCUCAAGCGCUGGGAGCGCUUCCGCUGGAAAAUGUUGGGAAUUUGAAUAAGAUGAAGUUCAAAUGGAAGAGUCUCAGGACAGCUUACACGAUAUUGAUGAUAGCUGCUUUUAUCGUCGUGUUGAGUUGCUCUUACAUGGCUUGGGUGACAACUAGCUGUUCUUUUGAAGGAAUUGUGGACUGGACGAUGGGACUGGUUGCUAGAUGUGAAUCCUUGAAGCUUGAUCUUAAAGAAAACUACACCUACACUAAAUAUUACGAAGAACUGUUUCCAGAACUGUUCCAUAUAUUGCCUGUGAACUAUUUCACUGGAACCUUCUGUAGUUUAAAGCCUGAAUCAUUUUGGAUAGACGUCAGGGAAGACUACAACAGACUUACCGUACUUUGCAGGCGACUGGAUGAACGAAUAUCUUACAUUGUUCUACUGACAUUCAGUACGAAUGUAUUUUUCAUUUUAGUUCAAGUAUAUGAGACCUUAAAGAAAGCUAAAGGAGUGAUAUCAAAGACAUACUUUGUAUUAUCGUAUUUCUAUUUGGUUGUGAAAAUUAUCUACUUGUCUUUAUAUGCUGCUUGGGUGAACGACGAAAGCAAGGAACCUUUGUGUUCAUUGAACUCUGUAUCUUCAUCUUCGUAUAACACAGAGAUUCGCCGAUUUUUGGGUCAAAUCGAGUUCGACAGUGCAGUUUUAACAGGGUGUAGGAUGUUUAGAGUUACCAGAGGCAUCCUCCUCAGUAUUGCAGGUGCAGUGGUGACGUACGAACUGAUUCUUAUCCAAUUCGACGAAGUCACCAAAGAGAACAAGUAGAAAAAGAAACAACGUGUGGUUAUUAUCGUUCCCAACUGCAACUCUACAACUCAAUUUAUCAAAUGUAGCUUCAAAUGAGCUGACAUUUUAUAGACCUCAUGUCCAGUUUUAGAUUUUAUCCAUGGUAAUUGUAUCUGCAAUGUGUAUGAAUGCGAUGUAGAAU